UAAUGAAGCAUUACUAGUGCCUUCACAGGAAGAGCAACAGUUGCAACAGACAGGGGGAUAGAAUUGUCCUUGUUGCGAACCAGACUCAGACAGGCAAGGAGUGUGAGACAUUCUGGUUUUUCUGAUUAUCUGGGUACCCAUUUAGCUGUCCCGUCUGCCCCAAAAGCCGAAGUUCCCCCGUUGCCUUGCCUUGCCAUUGCCUUGCCUUGUCGUUGCCUUGCCCUGCGGAACCCCAUUUCCGAUCCCAGUCAAGGUUUAGCAACAGCAAGGGCAACAGCCAUAGCGAUGGCCGCCACUUCUAGAGGUUCCCUCUCCCUCCUCUCUCUCAAUCUCUCCUCUUCCUUGGCUUCGGCUUCUUCUCAUCCACAGUCUCGCUGUUCUCUCUCCAUGGCCACGUCCCGAAGUUCGCACUUGGGAGGCGCUCGGGUCCUUCUUUCUGUCAAGCACCGCCUCUCCACUUCCCCCUCGGUCACGACCGGAGCGCCUCGUGUUCUGGCUUCCGGGACCGCCAAUGCGUCACUCGCUCCUGCCGUCUCGCCGUCCCCAUCCAGCCCUGGUGCCUCCAGCCAGGGAGCGAAGCAGGCCCUCAUUUCUCUUUCUGACAAGCGAAACCUUGAAUUGCUUGCCAAGGGACUUGAGGAUCUUGGAUACAAGUUGGUGUCAACAGGCGGUACCGCCACAGCUCUUGAAAAAGCAGGCUUUUCUGUCACGAGGGUUGAAGAGCUGACAUCGUUUCCGGAGAUGCUUGACGGGCGCGUGAAAACGUUACACCCAGCAGUGCAUGGCGGUAUUUUGGCAAGGCGAGACAUGCAAGCUCACUUGGAAGCACUCCAGCAGCAUGGAAUUGGAACUAUUGAUGUGGUGGUGGUGAACCUUUACCCUUUCUACAGUACUGUGACUUCUUCUAGUGUAGAGUUUGAGACGGGAGUAGAAAACAUCGACAUUGGAGGUCCAUCUAUGAUUAGAGCUGCCGCGAAGAAUCACAAGGACGUGAUAGUAGCAGUGGACCCUGACGAUUACCCAGAGAUUCUAGGAAAGCUGCAGAGUGAUGAUGACGGUGAUUCUAGCUUCCGGAGGAGGUUGGCAUGGAAAGCCUUCCAGCACGCCUCAUCUUAUGACUCAGCUGUGGCUGAGUGGUUAUGGAAGCAUCAACGAGAUGGUGAAGAAACGACUGAAUUCCCACCAAGUCUGACAGUACCUCUGAGCUUGAAACAAAAGUUGAGGUAUGGUGAGAACCCACAUCAGCGGGCUGCUUUCUACGAAGACAAGUCCCUCUGUGAGUUUGGAGCAGGGGGCAUCGCCACUUCAGUCCAAUAUCACGGCAAGGAAAUGUCAUACAACAACUAUUUGGAUGCCGACGCAGCCUGGAAUUGUGUAUGCGAGUUCAACAAUCCUACCUGUGUUGUGGUCAAGCACACUAAUCCUUGUGGAGUUGCUUCUGUUGGUCCAAACCAAGGGCUGCUGGAAGCCUACCGACUUGCAGUGAGGGCUGAUCCUGUGAGUGCUUUCGGAGGCAUUGUCGCGUUCAAUGUGGAAGUGGAUGAGACCCUUGCACGGGAGAUUCGGGAAUUCCGAAGUCCCACGGAUGGCGAGACCCGGAUGUUCUAUGAAAUUGUGGUGGCUCCUAGUUACACAGAGAAAGGUCUGGAGAUAUUGAAGGGAAAAUCUAAAACCCUGCGGAUUUUGAAGGCAGAGCACACUAAAAAGGGCCGACGGUCUUUGCGGCAAAUUGGUGGCGGCUGGUUGCUUCAGGAUUCUGAUGAUAAGACACCCGAGGACCUCGGUUUCAGAGUUGUUACAAGCAAGGUCCCAACCUUGGAGCUUGUAGAUGAUGCACAAUUUGCUUGGCUCUGCUGCAAGCAUGUUAAGAGUAACGCCAUUGUUGUGGCUAAGGAUAACCGGAUGUUGGGUAUGGGGAGUGGCCAACCUAACCGUGUCAAGAGUUUGCAAAUAGCUUUGGAAAAAGCUGGGGAGGAAGCCAAAGGUGCUGCUCUUGCUAGUGAUGCAUUCUUUCCGUUCGCCUGGAAUGAUGCUGUGGAAGAUGCUUGCAAGGCCGGUGUGAAGGUCAUAGCACAGCCUGGUGGUAGCAUGCGCGACCAGGACGCUAUCGAUUGCUGCAACAAGUACGGAGUAGCUAUGCUUUUCACUGAAGUUCGUCACUUCCGACAUUGAUGUGAUGACACUGAACCAUUUAAGCUCUCUGGAAACGAUAUUGGGAGAAUCCUGGCCUGUCCAACUGCUUUGAAAAUGCAUGAGCACAGCCGAGGGACCAGUCUGGUAGUUUUACACAAUUGAACACGGCUGUCAAGUUAGUUUUGGCGUUACCAAUGAGGUGGGCUUUUGUCCAACACCUGGUGAUUAGCGGUGAAGAGUGUCUUCAUCUUUAUCAGUCACCCGGAGUGUCAAGAUUUUGGCUUUAGAGAAGUAUACACAUUGAAUAGAUGUGAGGACAGAAUUCUGAAAGAGGAUUCGCCCAUGCGGCCAUUUUUGUUUUUGUGUGCACCUCGCAGUUAGAGGUAGUAGAUCCGAAUAAGUUUGCCUUGGCAUGACUGAGAUGGAGGCACCUGGUAAGUGUAGGUACUAAUUCUGCAGCAUUUUAAUAGCAACUGGAGGCGGAGUCUACUAGUUUUCCUCAUUUGAGACAUGGUCAUCAAUCUUGGAGCUCUACUCUCAACUUGUUUUCAAUUUUGUGUAUCCUCCAGUACCAUCUUCUCGGUCUCCACGCAAUUCAAACCGUGUUCCUUCUGCCCUUAA